CCCUCUAAAGCCAAAUCACAUGAUGUGUAUUUUGUCAUAUGAUACUGAUGAGAGGAGUGAUUCCACAGCCAGCGACCGAGCAAAGGGAGCGAGCGUCCCUGACGUCCUCUGUGAAAAACAAAGACAAGUCGACCACUUGUCAUGGAUGAGAUGCUGUAGCCUGACAUUGCUCGGUGGUUGUACUCGAUAAUAUGUGGAGGAUGGACUGCCGGGGAGUUCUGUCUGCCAUAUGCGCCGCUUGUUUCAUAGGCAUGGUGCUGAGCCAGACCACACUUACUCCUGCUGUGACCACUCUUAUUGAGAAUGCGACUGUUCUGACUCCAACUCCUGUGAUCCUUAGCAGCACGACCCCGGGCUGCUUUGCAUUCAACACUUCCACUUGUGAGCCCUGUGCACCAGGAUCACAGUAUGACAACAACACCCUGCUGUGUGCAUGCUGUUCUGACCCCGGGAUGUGUCUAUUUCCUGGAGCCUGCCUGCCGUGCAACAGAGGUUUCUAUCAGCCACUAGCUGGACAGCAGCAGUGUUUGCCCUGCAACCGUGGCUUCUACACAAAUUUCACUGGAAGUCCAUUAUGUCAACCCUGCCCGACUGGAUCCUUCAAUAAUAUCACUGGUGGAGAGAGUUGCACAAGUUGUUUACCAGGUUUCUUUUCUUCGCUGCAGAGUUCCACCUCAUGUACACCCUGUGCACUAGGAAGCUUUUGCAACUCCUCUGGUUGUUCCCAGUGCCAGACGUGUCCUGGAGGAACAGAAUCUUUACAAUCCGCUGCCAAAGACUGCACACCAUGUCGGCCAGGCAUGCACAAGCCCCCCCAUCAUACUAUGUGUCAAAUCUGCGGCAGUGGCUACUUCCAGAUCCACUGGGGUCAAGAAAACUGUGAUAUAUGCCCAGAGAAUCACUACUGCCCUAGUCCAGACGUGAACCCCAUUCGGUGUCCAAGUGAUGCGUUUUGUCCAGAGGGCAGUUUGGCUCCAGGCUACUGCAUGGAGACUUUCUUCCGCAAAGCAGGGGACACUUGUGAAUUGGCUCCGGUUACUAUUGCUCUUUUAGUCAUUGGAGGUGGAGUUGCUCUACUCUUCAUCAUUUUGAUGGUACUACGACGACGGAGAGACACUGACGGAGAGCUGACUGUCGCCCGAGCUCCAUUAUUACACAAAGAGCGACCUCAAGGUCGAUACUAUGGGAUCCCGUGUGAUGCAGAACCUGUAUACGCUGGCUGGUGAACCAAAGGACCUCAGAUUAGCUUUAGUGCUUGGUGGACUGAUUCUACGUACAUAUGGGUCCCAACUAAAGGCAAAAGAACUGAUAGAAGAAGAACUAAAAUCCUGAACUUGUGCCUUAAGAGUACUUUUUUAUGUGGUACAUUUGAAUAUAUUAUUGAAAAAUGGACUUUCACUCUUUUGUGAAUUCUCGUAGUUUGACACUGUUACAGUCGUUCCACUCUCUUCUCUCUUCAACUCUUCUUUUGUGAACUAGUUUAUUGGAUUAUGAGAAGUAUGCUGGAACGAUGGCAAUGAGAUGCAUGCCUUGACUGGGUGGGAACCUCUCUCUCGCUUAUGAAACGCACUUUUUUUUACAGAGGUAAUUGAUUUACUUUGCACUCGUGUUGGUAGACACGUGGGUGCCUCCAUUAACUCGUGUAGUUCCACGGUUACAGAGACUUGUAAGAUGUGGGUGGUGCCUUGUCUUUUUUUUAAUGCAUUUGAUUACUGUGCAUCAUGUUGUCUGAAGUUACAUUGAUACAUUUGCUUCAUGUAUUUAAUCUGCUUUUGUAAGGUUAUUUGUAUGUUUUAAAGGAAAAGAAAUAAAAAUGAUUAACGUGAA